AUGAUUCGAACAUCUCUACGAAUUCUAAAAUUUCUCUCACAUGAUUUUCAAUUGAGCCAAUACAGAUAUUGUCAUAAUGUAUUUGGAAUAAAGGAUUUGUUGCAGCCUGAAAAACAUGAACCAUUAACUAUAAAACAAAUAAGGAGCGACGACCAUAAUGCAGUUAUAGAUAUAAUAAAAGAGUAUUAUCUAACAGAGCAUGUAUUCGUACAAACCAGGAAUAUGGACCUCAAAGAAGAUCGUGCAAUUGAUGAAUAUAUUGCUAUGUUGCUCAAACAAGGUAAUUCAAUAUAUGCAAGAGCUAAAGACGGCUCAAUAGCUGGACUAUGUGUUAACUUCGCUUCGAGUCCGGUUGAUCCGAAAAAUCUCAGAAACUAUGCAUUUUAUCGACAGGAUCCCAACACCAAAGACUUCCUCUACUUUAUUGCGAAAUUGCAAGAAACACCCAAUUUAUGGAACAUUUACAAACAGCCGAAAAUUUUCGAGAUAAAAAUGCUCGCAGUACUACCUGAGUACCGUCGCCAAGGAGUAGCUGUGAUGCUAGCUGAGAAAUCCAAGGAACAGGCUCAGGACCAAGGCUAUAAUGUUAUCAGGAUGGAUUGUAUUAACCAGUACGACUUCAAGAUAGCAGAACGUUGCAUGAUGUCUUGCCUCGUGAAGUUUCCACUGCACAAAUUAAGAGGACCAAACGCACCGUUUAUAAAACGAAGUUCCGACCACAAUAGAUGUGUGCGUGUGUACGUACACGCACGCAUACACACGGAUCGCGAUAAGGAGAUUCGAGGACGGGAUUUUGAGAAUUUGUUGGAGUAAAUU